AGUCAUAUGUUGAAUCUUGCAGUAGAAAUUGCUGAUUAGAAACGUGAUGAGGCCAGAAGCAUCUAGAUCUGAUCAAUUUGGUUUCUGCUUGGAAACGUUCAACUUUCGGAAAAGAACAGUAUAAAAAGGUUUCCUUUUGUAUUCUUCUCCUUACAGGAUGAUUGGAAAGGAAGGAUCCGGUCUUUCUUAACCAAUAGCUAGAGAUGGGCAACUGCAGGAGCUUCAGUCUUCCAAAAUGGAGAUUAAGGGAGCUGAACAACAAUGGUAUGGUUCCUAUUGACGAAGAUGGAAGUGGAACUCAUGAAGGCAUAAAGACUAUUCGGAUUCAGAAAACCUGUGAGUUCACCACCAGUUCCGUGCUUUGUGUCUGCAUUAUCACAUGGAACAUGAACGGCAAGCUGUCUGUAGAGGACGUAAGAAAGCUGGUGAGCUCCAACAGGAGGUUCGACUUGCUAGUUGUCGGGCUGCAAGAAGUGCCAAAAUGCGGCGUCACACAAGCUCUGCAGGAAGCCAUGGCUGAUACACACAUCUUGUUGUGCCAGACAGCCAUGCAGUCUCUUCAGAUGUUUCUUUUUGGCGCAAAGAGUUCGGAAUCGUACAUCAGAGAGAUGAAGGUCGAUAAACACGCAGUCGGAGGCUGCGGGGGUGUAAUUGGGAGAAAGAAAGGAGCUGUGGCCAUGUACAUUAACUUCAGUGGGAUCCGGAUGGUGUUUGUGUCCUGCCAUCUUGCAGCUCACGAGCACAAGGUGGAGAAGAGGAACUCUGAAUGCCAGCAUAUUACGCACUCGCUGUUCUCCAAGAAUGACAUACAUUAUGCCAAAUCUGCUGACAUAACAGUUUGGCUUGGUGACUUGAAUUACAGAUUGCAAGGAAUAAGCUCGAUACCCGCAAGGAUGAUGAUCGAGGAGAACCUUCAAAGUAAGCUAAGAGACAAAGACCAGCUUCUGCAAGAAGCUGAGAAGGGUGAAGUGUUCAAUGGGUACUGUGAAGGGACCUUGUCAUUUAAGCCAACAUACAAAUACAACGUUGGAAGUAGCAACUACGAUACAAGCUACAAGAUCAGAGUGCCAUCUUGGACAGAUAGGAUAUUAUUCAAGGUUGACCGAUCUUCUGGCCUGGAUGCGAUCUUAAGUUCAUAUGAAGCACUUGAUUGUGUUAGAAGCUCCGAUCACAAGCCUGUGAAAGCCCAUCUUUGUCUGAAAGUAAAUGGUGGUGAUGCAUAGAUUUAUCUUACAGUUGACAUAUUACAAGUAUAAUUUAGAAUCAUUGGUUUCUUGUCACAACAAUUGUAAAGGCAAUUGCACACAGUUUAUUGCGUAUCGGCUGAAAAAUGAUUUCACGAGAUGAAUUUAGUGAGAUCAAAUUUAUGGCAACCGUGUAAUCUCCCAAUAAUGAAUUAACUGAGUUGUAUUCUUUUCGAUAAUGGAUACCGCCAUUAACAAA